UUCCAAACCAGUGGAAAAAAAAAACAAUGAUUAAUGUUAAUACGAAAUUACAAUUUAUAUUCAUAUAUACCCUUAUCUAAUCUAAAUUUCACUUUAAACUUUGUGUUAUCAUAUCAAAUAUGUACUGACGUCCGCACCAUAAAUUAAGUCAUUUUCUAGAGUGUUAAGUGACUUUUACAAAAUUGAGUUUUAAACAGGUAUUUAUUUUUUAACGUUUUAAUCAUUUUACUACUCUGACAGAAAAGAAUACAUUUAAACGUGACAUUAUAUUUUAGUCAAAUUGGGUAACAGCAUAUACUUUAAAUGCUCUUUGAAUAUUAAAAGUAAGCUGCAUGUGUAAUGUUAUGCAAAGCUAUACAUUAAGAUUCUGUUAAAAUGGCAAAACAGUCACACUGGAGUAAUAAAAAGGAAUGAAAAUAUCUGAUAAUUUCUGAAUGAACUGUUUCUUAAUUCCUUUAACUUUUCACAAUAACAUGAGUAUUCAAAUUUACAUAUUAUUAUUAUCCAGACUGUAGAAAAAAAUCUAACAAAAUGGAGGCAGCAGUUCAAGGUCAGUCAAAGUGUUGGCAACUAAGCAAGAACCUGAGAGACUGCCUUACAGAACUGUAUGACAGAAGUCUCUGGACAGACGUCAAGUUCCGCUGCAAAGAUCAUGACGAAAAUGGGAAAAUCUAUGCUCAUAAAAUAGUUCUAGCUGCUAGAAGUUCAGUUUUCCAGGCAAUGUUUUUUGGUCAGUGUUCUGAUGGUAAAGAUGAAGUCCACCUUGACCAAGCUGAGACAAAAACACUAGAUGUAUUUCUAAGGUACAUCUACAGUGAUACAGUCAAUUUGACCGAGGAAACUGCUUCAUCAGUGCUGGAAAUGACUCACUAUUACCAGAUCACAAGCCUAGUACAAGUCUGUGCUGAGUAUCUUACUACAACUAUAACAUCCGAGAAUGCUUGCGGCACUUUAACUCUGGCUAUGUUUUAUGAAUUAACAACCCUCCGUGAUGCAUGCUGCACUUUUAUCGACAGAAAUGCAAACAAAGUUUUGAAUUCAGAAGGCUUCCUCGAACUAUCAGACGAAUGCCUAACAUAUAUUUUGAAAGGAGACACAUUCUACACAGGUGAGGACAACAUAUUUAUCAAAGCUGAAAAAUGGUCAAAGACAAAACUGGAAAAAAGCAACUUGGAACAGACUGGGCCAAAUAUCAGAAAAACUCUUGGUGCAUCAUUUUAUUACCUUAGACUUCCCACUAUGACAUAUCAGACCUUGAUGUCAUGUUCGCGCAAGAAAAGUUAUUUUUCAGUUGAAGAGUACGAGGACAUUGUUGAUUUCAUCAAUAAAAUUCCUGAUUCAUCAGUGCAGAUCAAUUCAUGUGUAGCGAGACUGCCAACAUCUGAAACUUUGGCUUUAUCUAGAGAAAUUCUAAAAACAAAUAUUUUUGACAGUAACGACAGCAUAUCAACAUCUUUUCAAAUUUCUGUUUCAAGAGAUAUAACUCUUACAAAUUUUUUUUUGGCAAAAAUACAAAAAUGUUCAAAAUAUGAACAUCAACUCUACACAAAUGCAUAUAGUCAAACAACCUCAAUAUAUGAACCCAGUAUAAACAAUUUCUUUCGUCAAAAUAAUUCAAAAGCUCUAAAAAUAAUCUACCCAAGUUCUACCAAGCAAGUGCAGACACUUCAGCAAGUGCUCCCCAAAGCUCUUCCAGAUGACCUUGACAUUGCUAUAUAUGGUAAUUUUAAAGUUACAAGACAAAAAGAAAAAGAAUAUGAGAUAAAAGUCCCAAAUUCUCCAAUAAAGACAACAGUCGCCAGAACUGCUGAACAUAAAAAUGACCUAGGUGAUGACACAGAAGAUGAUGAAGUAACAGAGUGCGAGAAUGAUGUCUUAAAAACUAAAUGUAAAAAUGAUGUUCCGCCUCCGGCUCCUUUAGUCGGAACAGGUGGGAACAGAGAAGAGACAGACGACAAUUCAUCAGAUAAAUUCAUUUAUAGUGAUGGAGAUGAUGAUUCUGACAAGGAUGAUGAGGAGGGCAGUGAAAGUAUAAUUUAUGAACAAGAUUUCAAGCUGCAGUCCACAGGCAUUACUCAAAGAAUGAUCAAUCUGACGAAGCCUUUGACACUGACAAAGGCUGCAUCACCAUACACUGUUGAAAUGACUUUAAAAUACAGCUGUAAAAGUUGUAUCAAAAUGAUAGCCCAGUGUACCAACGACACAAAGUCAGUAAGAAGCAAGCAUGGUCAUGUGCACAUAUAUAACAUUAAUAAUCAAGGUGGAAUCAGAAGUCUUGGCUUUGAAAAUAUUUCCAAUCGUGAGUAAGAUAAGGACAUAUUUAACACACAAGAUUCUUAACUGUUGGCUUUUAGUUUUGCCUGUCAAAUUGGCAAUGCAACCAGCAACUAAAAACAGAAUGUUUUGCAGUAUCUGGUUACUUUUUCUUACUACAGAAUGGACAAAACUUCUAGAACAGAGAUGUAAAACAGAAAUGGACAUGAUUCACAUGAAUAGACAAAUACCCAAGUAAAACUGCACAAAUAACAUAUCAGUCACAUAAAAUUGAUAAAAACUGUUA